GCCGAGCACCGUCCCCGCCGCGCUGAGGUGAGGGGCUGCCCGCGGCGCCGGGGCCACACAAAGCGGCGGGCGGCCGCGGCCCCUUUCCCGCCGCCCGUGAGGCGGCAGCCGGCCCUGCCUCCGCCCCGCCGCCGGGCUCGGCGCUGGCUGGGGGCAGCCCCGCGGCGCCGACCAUGGAGCCGCCGGUGCCGCCGGCUCAGGAGCAGCCGCCGCGCCCUCGCUCGCACACGGUCACCACCACCAGCAGCUCCUUCACCGCCAACCUGUCGGCCAGCUCCAGCACGCUCGCCUACGACAGGGAGUUCCUGCGGACGCUUCCCGGGCUCCUCAUGGUGACCGAGAUCGUACUGGGGUUGCUGGUGUGGACCCUGAUUGCUGGAACAGAAUACUUUCUAUAUCCAGCCUUUGGCUGGGUGAUGUUUGUAGCUGUGUUUUACUGGGUUCUCACAGUCUUCUUUCUGAUCAUCUACAUGACAAUGACCUACACCAGGAUCCCGCAGGUGCCAUGGACCACAGUGGGUCUGUGUUUUAAUGGAAGUGCCUUCGUUUUGUACCUCAUUGCUGCCAUUGUAGAUGCAUCUUCAGUUACCAAAGAACUGGACAGUCACAAUUACAACAGCUGGGCAGCUUCUUCAUUCUUUGCCUUUGUGGUUACCUCCUGCUAUGCUGGAAAUACGUAUUUUAGCUUUAUAUCUUGGCGAUCACGAACUUUGCAGUAACUAUUUUGUUACAAUGAAUUCUGUAGUAUAAAAUAUUUUGAGGAUUAUACUCUUGACAAAAGCUUGGAAGAGGGAUGCGGUCUUUUUGAACAUUUCUGUUAGAAUUGACACUAUAUUCUUUGACAUUAAAUGAUUAUUUGUAAUCCAAUACCAUCUUUAGAGACAUCUAACACCAUCUUUGUAUUGUAUAGUAAAAUUUCUUACUGCUUCUUUUAAAAUUAACAUGGUAUUUUUCUAGACAUUGUAUAGAUGUUGUUACUAAACCUUUAAUAAAUCUUACUCCAUGAAUGUGCCAAUUUUGUAAAUGUAGCUUUUAAAAUGUUACAGAUAUACUUUUGAUACAGAAUGCUACAAAUUGAAACUAAGAUAUGGAUACUGUCGUGUUAUUAUGUAUAAAAACUGACAUUGUGCAGAAAAAAACCUACCCAAAACUCUAAAAAUAAAUAAAUAAAUGACCCAA